GAAAAUGGCGGAGUACGUCCAGGUGGCGAAGAGGGCGUUGCAGCAGCUUAGUGGCCAUGGUGGUCUUCGCGGGCUCUUGUUACAACUGCUCAGGGUCAAUGACCUGAAGACUGGUAUGUUAGUAGGCACUGACAAAUAUGGAAACAAAUAUUAUGAAGACAACAGGUACUUCUUUGGUCGUCACAGGUGGGUUGUGUAUACUGAGGAAAUGAAUGGCAAAAAUACAUUCUGGAACGUGGACGGAAGCAUGGUGCCACCUGAGUGGCAUCGCUGGCUUCACUGCAUGACAGACGACCCCCCAACUACACACCCACCAGUGACUCGUAAAUUCAUUUGGGAUAACCAUAAAUUCAAUCUAAGUGGCACUCCUGGACAGUAUGUACCAUAUUCUACCACCCGUAAGAAGAUACAGGAGUGGAUUCCACCUUCUAUACCCAGCAAAUGAAUGGAAAAGAACUUGAUGAUUUGCCAAACGUUAGGUAUAUAGUGUGAAUUGUAUCUUU